AUGACUGAAGAACCGCGACGCUCUGGACGCUCUACGAAAGGCCAACACAAAAAUCUGGAUAUGGUAACCGAGACACCUGCGAAGAAAUCGAAAGCGAAAGCUCAAUCGAAGGAUAAAUUUGAAAAGCCCCCGAAACCCUCCGUCGAGCCGACGCCUGCCGUCAGUGAAGAAGAAGAAAUCAUUAGAUGUAUUUGCGGGGAAUAUGAAGAGGAGGAAGACAUUGAACGAGAUAUGAUCUGCUGUGACCAGUGCUCCGCCUGGCAACACAAUGACUGCAUGGGCCUCACAUUUGCGAAAGGCGAGGAGCCCGACGAAUACUUCUGUGAACUAUGCCGACCUGAGAAUCAUAAAGUUCUCUUGGACAAGAUUGCGCGUGGUGAGAAGCCUUGGGAGGAAGCAGCCGAAAAGAGACGCCAGCAGGCAGAAGAAAAGAAGGCCGCACGUCGCAGGAAAGGCAGGAAAGGUGGUAGAAAGGGCCGGCCAAGCGAGCCCAAACCGGAUACCGGCACCCCAGCCCGCAAUAAAGCGGCUUCUGCCACGCCCGCUCAGACUCCUGUUCCACUGGCCCCUCCGCCCGUUGUGACCCCCGUCCCGGAGAAGAACGGUGACGUUCCAGAUGCUCGCCCAGCGAGCACUCAGAAGAGGAAAUUCGAGGUACAUCAAGAGGAGGCUGCGACGCCCGAUACACAGGGACCAAAACCCAAGCAAAUAAAGAUGGCCUCGCCAGCUGAUUCAGUGACUCCUCUCAACGAAAAGCCUGCUCCGGCGAAGGAAGAUUCGAAUGCUCCUCCUUCGCGCCAAAGCUCCGUUUCUGAAAAAACUGCGACGCAGGAACCGGGAACUUUGGACGAGAUCUCAAACCCAGCGAGAAGAAGUGCUGCCAGUGCUCUAGUCAAGUUAUUUGUAGAUCAAAUUUCUGAUGCACAGAAGCAAGGGUCUUUCAAAUUACCUGAGGGAAGAUCGGCGAAAGAGAUAGCGCAGCAGCUCGGUUUUUCAAUCGAGAAGGCUAUGUAUCAGAAUAUUUGCGGAGGAUCUGGAGAACCCACUGAACCAUAUAAAUUGCAACUGCGGACGAUCUUGUUCAACGUAAAGAAGAAUCCUUCUCUACGGGAUCGCCUGCUCGUAGGUAGUUUGCUUCCAGAAGCGCUCUCUAAGAUGAGCAGUCAGGAUAUGGCAAGUGAGGAGCUUCAGCAGAAGGAUGCUGAAAUCAAGCGCGAGGCCGAGAGGCAGCACAUCAUCGUGGAGGAGCAAGGUCCGCGAAUAAGGCGAACUCAUAAAGGCGAAGAGUUCAUUGAAGAUGAGAAUCAAACCGUCGCCAGCGAGCCAGUGUUUUCGGUAGCGCCGACCCGCCGAAGCGUGGCUGAUGUUGACGCAAGCCCUUCAGAUCAAAGUCCAGCGAGUCCCCAGGCUCAUCAGCAGCCGGAUGACAGUGCGCCAAGGGCUGCCAAACCGCUACCUAUCGACACCAAAGUGACGGACACCAAGGCCCGAGAUGGGCCUACGGUGCAUUCUCCUGGCGCCGCUGAUCAUGACCAAGUCUUUCCAGAGGUCUCAACUCACAUACGUGAGAUGUUGCCGACUGGCAAGGCCCAGGCCGAUGCAGACAUUGACAAGUUGUUGAAAGACGUCGAACCUGAAUCGCCUCCCUAUUCCCCGAAAGACUUUAACGACGAGGCGAUUAUCUGGCGUGGGAAGGUUGUCAUGAACCCGGUGGCUGAUUUCUCAUCUUCAGCUAAGCAUGUUGGAGGAGCUGAACUGAGUGACAGGAUACCGUGGAGUCAGCUUGCACCGUCGACCUUGGUGGUCGAUGGGCGAAUCGAUAUUCAGCUGGCGAGCAAUUAUCUCUGUGGUUUGCGUUUCAGUUCGUCGACGGACGUUUCAGUCAUCUCCAUCAGUCGCCCAGAAUCCCCCAAAGAUCAAAAAGGGUUCGACAAACUCUUCAACUAUUUCCAAGACCGGAAGCGAUACGGUGUUGUCGGAAAACAUCCGUUGCCAGCCGUCAAGGAUACCUAUGUGAUUCCCAUCGAAGCUGGAUCAACAAAGAAGCCCGAAUUCAUUGAGCUUUUGGAAAACAAUACACUUGAAGACCCUACUCCAGAGAGAGUACUAUUGGUGGUCUUCGCAGUCAAAACCGGCGAAUCGAAUCCUCCUUCAGUACAGCCAUCGUCACACCAUCCGAGUCAGGAGCCUGCGUCUUUUGCAAGCCCUGUCACCGUCGCAGCGACACCCCAGCAACAGCAGUUUCUGACACCUGGACCAAGACAGAUGUCGCAGAUGUCUCCCACUCCGCCAUCCGCUAUCUCGGGCAUAAUUCCGACCCUCAAUUCCUAUGCUUCCCAGCCUCAACAAUCCCUGCAAUCGCAGCUGGGGCCAACUCAACAGGCUUCUCAGUCCCAGGGGUAUCAACCUCCAGAGCCACAUCAUCAGGUGCCGGUCACCGGUAUGGCCGCCGCAGUGCAGGUGCUUGGUGCUCAGGCAAAUGCUCCUGCAAUUCAGCAACUCCUCCAGCAGGCUCCGAAUGCUGAUGUCUCCCAACUGGGUGUUGUCCAUGACAUUAUCUUACGACAGCCAGAGGCGGCUUCAAAUUACGAGAUGUUAACGCAGGCGCUGUAUCAAGCUACCACGAAUGGACAUGGUCCACAGCAAAACGCCAGCUAG